CGGCUCAGCCCAGUAAAGUUUUAUCCCUCUGACUUUAUCUCGCCCUACUCAUCCGCGCAGCGAUUCUGCAUACAACUAGCGAACUGCCCUCCUGCUCCUAAGUUAACAAAAGAAAUACUACAAUGGCUGGAAGAGGCUCGGUAAAACCCUUCGGUGGCUUCAACGCCAGUGACGACGCUGCGGCCCUCAAUAAAGCCAUGAAGGGUUUAGGCACUGACGAAGACACCAUUCUUCAGCUUCUGACCGCUCGCAGUAACAACCAACGGCAGGAGAUUAAAGCCACCUAUAAGACUUUAUUUGGCAAGGACUUGGUGGAUGAUCUGAAGUCGGAGCUGGGAGGAAAGUUUGAGACCCUCAUUGUGGCUUUAAUGACUCCUCCCAUUGCCUAUGAUGUGGAGCUGGUCAGGAAUGCCAUUAAGGGAGCAGGCACUGAUGAGAAAGUGCUGGUCGAGGUGCUGUCCUCAAGAACCCCACAGCAAGUCCGCCAGAUUAUCGCUGGUUACAAACAAGAGUAUGACGAUGACCUGGAGGAAGAUGUCACCGGGGACACCAGCGGCCACUUCAAGAGGAUGCUGGUGAUUCUGCUCCAGGCCAGCAGACAACAGGGAGUGCAGGAGGGCACCAUUGACAGCGAUGCUCAGACCUUGUUCGCUGCAGGAGAGCAGAAGUAUGGCACCGAUGAGGAGCAGUUCAUUUCCAUCCUGGGCAACCGGAGCGAUGCUCACCUGCGCAGAGUGUUUCAGGCUUACAUGAAGCUCUCUGGCUACGAAAUUGAGGAGAGCAUCUCGAGAGAGACCUCUGGCAGUUUGAAAGAGGUUCUGCUGGCUGUGGUGAAAUGUGCCCGGAGUGUGCCAGGCUACUUUGCUGAGAUGUUGUACUAUGCCAUGAAGGGGGCAGGCACUGAUGACCAAACUCUCAUCCGCAUCAUGGCGUCUCGCUGUGAGGUAGACAUGUUGGACAUCCGUCAAGAAUUUAGAAGAAUGUUUGCCACCUCUCUACAUUCAAUGAUCAAGGGGGACACAGGGGGAGACUACCGCAAAGCCUUGCUCCUGCUCUGUGGAGGAGACGACUAAGCUGCUCAGCUCCAGCAUCCUCCAUCCCAUCCUGACUGGGCAGUGAACGCACCAGGAUCCCCAGGCUCAGCCCAAUGCAGCGGUGGAUGGAUCUUUAUUAUAACUUGUGUUUUUAACAAAAGUCUACUCAGACAUCAGAAAACUCAUUUUGGUCUACUAAUUUCCAUUUGGUAAACUGAAGAUAUAUAUAUA